GGGUCCCAGCGGGCGCUGAGGGGAAGGCCGAGUCCGCCGGGCAUGUCGGCGGCGUCCAAGGUGGUUCUGGCGGCCUCCGUCGCGGCCUCGGGCGUCGUCGUCGCGGCCGUCCACCUCCAGCAGAGCCGCGUCAGGGAGAGGCUACGUGAAGGAGUGCUGAGAGAUUUUGAGAGGCAGAAUCGUAAGCAAGAAAAUCUUCGCCUUUUGGAGCAACAGAUUGCCUUGACUGAGCAACUUGAAAUGGAAAGAAGCAAAAUGUUCAUGGGAAAAGAAUCCUCACAGUAAGGGCAGGGAAGUGUUGGGAUCUCCCUUUUCAUUUCAG